AUGGUAUCAGAGACGGUCGCUCCGUCUGGCCAAGUGUCGAGUUGUAGUAUGAUAGGAGUUGAGAUGGCUGGAAAGAAUGAUGUCGCGAUUGCUACUACUUUGGAAGCAUUGGCUCAAGCUUUGCAGAACCAACCAAAUGCAGAUGAAUAUGGUGUAUCUCGUAACUUGGAGAUUUUCCAAAGGGAAAAUCCGCCUACCUUCAAGGUCGAGGCUGAUGACUGGUGGCUAGAGACUCGUCGUAGGUUGGAGGAUGUAGGUGAGGAGAUCUCUUGGGUUGUGUUCCAUGGAGAGUUUCUGAGGAAGUAUUAUCUUGAGGAUGUUCGGGGUAAGAAGGAGAUUGAAUUCCUUGAGUUGAAGCAAGGGAACAAAUCUGUUGUUAAGUAUGCUGCUAAGUAUGUGGAAUUGGCUAAGUUUUAUCCGCACUAUAAUAAGGCAACUUCUGAAUUUUCUAAGUGA